GAGAAGCUGUUGAUAACGAUGUUGGAAGGGGUGCAUCCGGUCACUGAACAGAGUUACGUGCUGUACAAGUGCUGUCUGUGCGGGUUUGCCUUUCCGAGCUUAGAACCAGUUGUGUUGCACCUGCAGGCCAGUCAUCUCAACACAAACAAAGAGUUUACUUGUGAUAAAUGUGGGGCUAAUUUCAAGUGGAGAAGUGAACUCACUCUUCACGAACAGCUCCACAAAGCGAUGGAUCACAACGACAAAAGUGGUGGUCAUCUCUCGAUUCCGUCUUUCAUUCAUCCGAGUCUUCACAUUCAAAACAACUACAGAUCGCACAAGAAAUCGAUUUUGCAGAAUAAAUCCAUUAAACAUAAGUCAGAUCCACAACAUUCCUCCGAUAUGAAAGUCAAAGUCAUUAAAGACAUUCAAAAUGUGGUACAAUUGUCGCACAAAUUCCCUCAAGGAAUCGGUGAUAUCGAGGAGACCUCUCCGGGACAGUUCAAGUGCCGCUUCUGUGACAAGACCUUUGACCGAAUCUUUUCGGUGCACCGGCACGAGAGAGUCCACACCGGCUUCAAGCCAUGCAUUUGCAAGACGUGCGGCCGUGGCUUCAGUGAGAAGAGGAAUCUCAGACACCAUAUAAUCCGGUUUCACAGCGACGGCAGUGGACGAGAACUACUCAAAAGGAACCGAAAGGACAAGAAUAACAGUUCCAACAGUAAUAAGAGGAAAGUGGCGACCAGUUUGAAAAAGGCUGCGCUCAAGAUAUUGAACGCCAACGAAGUGAUAGAUAACGACGUGAAUGAUAAUCACGUGAAAGAAGUCAAACAAGAAGACUCGGAAGAAGAAGAGGAAGAAAUGGUUACUAAGAGUGAAGACAAAGAGAGCGAAGAGAAAGACUCGGAAGUGAAUACUGACGAACACAAAGACACGAUAUCUUCCAAUAGUAAAGAGACUUCCAUUAAUUGUUCCGACAGUACAAACGCUACACAAAACGUUAGUCCUUCGAAGCGGAGGCGCAAAGGAAAGCCUUCCAAAAAGAUCAUUACAACCGAUGACUUUUCUCACGAUUCGUCCUCCUAUUCGACUGAAGAGAACGAAGCUCUUCGGGAAGAAGAUGAAGAAGAUAUGCCAGACAUGGAUACAAAUAGAGAAGAAUACGAAUCAAUGGUUAACUCCGGUUCGGACAUAAAUCCCAACGACUUCUUGGAGACUAAGCUUCGAUGUCACGGAGCCUUCUUCUCGUCUUAUAAUCCCAGGUUAGGAGUGGUGGAGAAGCCGGUCAAACGCAAUGAGGCGUGUCGUCCACUGGUGGGCCCGGACGGCAAAUUCCUAUACCCCUGUAGUUAUUGCAACAAAACGUUUUGUUCGCUUUCAGAUCUCAACCGACACAUGAAUUUCCACGAAGACGUCCGACCAUUCAAAUGCGAAUUCUGUGAAUACCAGAGUCGCACCAAUAGUCAACUCAAAGUCCAUAUGAUGAGACAUGCCGGAAUAAAGCAAUAUUUAUGUCAGAUCUGCAGCUAUAACGGUGUGACUCAAUCAGAUCUGAACCGUCACUGUAAGACCCGUUCGCAUGCAUUGAGAAGCGCUAACAUCUGUCCGCUGUGUUCACUCGGCUUCUCAACCCAAACCCUACUCGACGACCAUAUCUUGAAAUUCCACGAAAUGUCCGAAUCAUCCAAUUGUUCGUCCGAUAAGACCCACAAGAAUUCGGCGCUGAAGACGUCCACUCCUCAGCCCAACAACAAUGAGCUCUCAUUCUCAUCAAAAAGCUUUUCAGUCAAAGAGAUUUUGAAUUAGAAUUUUAAGUUUCAAAUCAUUAUAUAAAUGUUUAUUUCACUUCUAAGAGCUGUAUAUUUAUUUUGGCCUCAAUUUCGCAUUUUUCAGG